CCCUGCCUCCCGCGCGCCCAGCCCAGCCUCCGCCCGCGGGGACUUGUGUGUGUGUGUGUGAGUGUGUGUGUGUCUGUGUGUGUGUGUGUGCGUGCGUGCGCGCGUGUGUGCUGUGUGUGUCUCCAGUGCGAUUUCCCCUUUCUCUCGCUAGCCUCGGCGCAGCUCUCCAGCGGAUCGCGUCCCCCUCCCCGUCAGCGGGCGCCCCCCGCCGCCCUUCCCUCGGCGCGGCCUCCCGGGAACCUCGGGACUCCCGUCGCAGCGCCGGCACCCCGAUCCCUCUGCAGCAGGGGCGCCGUCGUCUCACCUGGGGUUCGCAUCUCGCUCGCCCUCCAACUUUGCCAUUGGUGGUGGCGGCGGCGGCGGCGGCGGCGGGACGUGUGGGAGAAGCCCAGCGCCUCGCCCGCCCGCCCGCCCGCCCGGACCAGCCUGCCCCGGCGCCGAGGUUGCUCUUGUGGUCGGCGAAGCCCAGCAUGCAGUCUUGAGCCUGGCAUAGGCCACGCCCACUCCACCUCUGGAUAUCCUCACCGGAGGCUCAGAGAAGGCACUAGAUUGAUCCUAGCAUACCCGAAUAACGUCUGUUCAAUAACCCCGGCAGCUCCAGGGAGCCGGGGGGAGUCUCGUCGUCAGCUCUGGCAGAAGCCAGUAUGGCUGUUGCCCUGCAGCCCAGUGAUCUAGUCUUCGAGUUUGCAAGCAACGGGAUGGAUGAUAUCCACCAGCUGGAAGACCCUUCCGUGUUCCCAGCUGUGAUCGUGGAACAGGUCCCCUAUCCUGAAUUAGUGCAUCUGUACUCAGGACUGGAUCUGGAUGAGGUCCACAAUGGCAUCAUAAGGGACAGAACGUUGUGCAUGACACAGGAUCAGAUUUUAGAAGGCAGUAUUUUGCUGACAGAUGACAAUGGGUCCACCUCAAAUAAUGUGUCAUCCACUGAAGUCCUGUUCAAUGUGGCAACUCCCAAUGAUGUCCUGGAUGAGAAGCAGAUCUUCAGCACAUCUCCGGAGGUGCUUCCAGACUCCAGCUCAGUUCAGGCCAUCAAUCUACCCAACCUCCUGCUUUCUGCACCUGAACCUGAGGACCCAAAGAAGACAAGUGAUGCCGAUGAGCAGAAGGAGCAUCCUCAGGAGGAGAAGGUCUCCAGAGAAGAAAGUCUUCAGAAGAUUGGGAAGUCACGGAAGAGAAACCGAAAGACCAAGAACAACCGGAGUACCUCACCUGUCACUGAUCCCAGCGUCCCCAUACGGAAGAAAUCCAAGGAUGGCAAAGGUAACACCAUUUAUCUGUGGGAGUUCCUCCUGGCCCUUCUGCAGGACAGAAACACCUGCCCCAAGUACAUCAAGUGGACACAGAGGGAGAAAGGCAUCUUCAAGUUGGUGGACUCCAAGGCUGUGUCCAAGCUGUGGGGCAAGCAGAAAAACAAACCUGACAUGAACUAUGAGACCAUGGGGCGGGCCCUAAGAUACUACUACCAAAGAGGAAUCCUGGCCAAAGUGGAAGGGCAGAGGCUGGUAUACCAGUUCAAGGAGAUGCCUAAGGACUUGGUGGUGAUUGAAGAUGAAGAAGAGAGCCCUGAAACACCAGAAGACUCUCCCCAGGCCUCUACUUCCUCCACACCCUCUACCAGUACCAUCCGGAGAGCCAGCUCCAGGGUUGUAACCAAAGCCUCCCCUGAGGACAAGGAUAGCCCUCCCUGGGAGAAGCCAAAGGUUGAACACACUGGUCUCCAGCCAUCUGCAAGUCUGGAGUUAGAAUUGUCUGUGGAUGAGGAGGUCCCCACUACCUCCACCAUGCUUGCCACCCCACUACAGAGCCAGGCCAAGCUCACCAAGACUGUGAGUACUUCUUCAGCGCCCAGUAACAUCCAGGUAGGAGUAGCCCCUGUGGGGCCCGGCUCCACUCUCACCCUGCAGACCAUCCCGCUGACUACGGUGCUGAGCAAUGGGCCUGCUGCCAGCACUACUGCUCCAACUCAACUCGUUCUCCAGAGUGUCCCACAGGGGUCAACGUUCAAGGACACCUUCACUUUGCAGACCUCCUUCCCCCUGAACACCAAUUUGCAAGAGAGCCAGGUGGCAACCCAAGGGGCCCCACUGAUCCUCAGUGGCCUCCCCCAACUUCUGGCCGGGGCCAACCAUCAGAGCAACCCAGUACCAUCCCAGGUCAUAGGCGCCGGAUCGGCAGGGCCUAGCUCUCAGCCCCCUGGGACUGUCAUUGCUGCCUUUAUCAGGACUUCCGGUGGCACGUCAGUGCCUGUGGUAAAGGAGGGGCCCCUGAGAUCCUCUUCAUACGUGCAGGGUGUGGUUACUGGGACACCCGUAGAGGGGCUGUUGGUUCCUGAAGAAACCCUGAGAGAGCUCCUGAGAGAUCAGGCUCAUCUUCAGCCACUUCAGACUCAGGUGCUCUCAAGGGGUUCCCAUAACCUGAGCCUUGUGGGGAGCCAGACUCUCUCUCCCCCUAGCCAACCCACUGUUGGGCUAACCCCGGUGGCUGAACUUGAGCUCUCAUCUGGCUCAGGGCCGCUGUUUGUAGCUGAGCCUAGUGUGACCCGAUCCCCGACCCAGGCCCCGUUCUCCCCCUUCAACCCCACUUCCCUCAUUAAGAUGGAGCCCCAUGACAUAUAAACAAAGGGAUCAAUGUUGUGAAGCCUUUUCAUGUGGACUGAAGUAGAGUACCCGCCCUUCCAUCUAGUGGGGUGUGAGAAAAUUUGAUUCCAAGUUCCCCAGGCCUGUUUGACAUCGCUAUGACCAAAGUAUGCCCGGCUCAAGUCUCUGGCAUCAGACCAUGGCCUUCAGGAGCACUAGGGAGUACAUAUGCUCUUGCAACAGUAAUGAGCUGACUUGGUGACGGAGGGCAAUCCAUAGCCAGUCAUAGGCUUUACAACAAGAGUUAGGCCUGGUCAUACUUUGUUAUCUAUAUUCCUUACAGAGGGAACUUACCAUCCAAUAUGUGAAUAUCUUUGUGUGCAUUUGUGUGCACUUGUGGGUCUGUAUCUUCCUUUCUUUGUGGAAGAUGGGGUGUAGAUGUCAGGUCUUCGUGUGUGUCUGUCUGUGUGUGUGUGUCUCUGUCUCUGUGUGUGUCUGUGUGUGUAUCUGUGCAUGCGUCCAUUCCUAGGUCAGCCACAGACAUGAGGCAGUUUGAAGAGAAAGCACUCUGUAACUUUUUUUUGCAAGCAACAAUGCCCUUCUGAGACUGGAAGGUACUGGUUGGAUGUCCCUUCUCCCAGUCUAGAGAGAUGUCACAGAGCCGGAACAGGUCUAGGUAGGAGAGCUUCAAUGGGUGUACUUGCUGAGAGGGCAUUGCCAAGGGCUAAGAGGCCACCUAUGCUAAAACCACAGUGAGAGGGGAAAGGGACACAGUCCUGGGGCGCUUGCUUGUUAGAGUCACCUUGCUAUCAGGCUGGUACCUGGAGCACUCUGCUAAAAGUUGUGAGGCAGAGCACUUAAGUAUAGUCAGCCUCAAUUAUAAAGGCCUCGGCCAGGCCUGAGUGGACUGAAUGUGGCUAGGGCUUUGGGCUGUUUGUAUAAAAUCAGCCCUCUGCAUGACAAUAAUAAUGACCCUUUGUGAUCCAGCGCUCUUCCCCACCUUGGGUUCCCUCUUCAUUCUAUCCGCCCUGACCAAUUCCACCUGUCAUCAGUGGCUGAGGCUAGUGGGGUGGCAAGACCCCAGCCAUACAGUCCCACUCUCUCACCCACCCUCUCCCUCUCACAGUGGCUCUGAAAGACUUCAGCAGGACGGUUGCUUUUCAUUUCCGGCCAUCAUGACACCUAACCCAAUUCUUGGCUUCACCAAGAAGACGGGAGCGAGCACAGAUGGGUUCCUAUAGCUCCUGUCAGCACGUCACUCUGCUUCUCUCUUUUCUGUUUCUGGAAAGAGUUCUCCUGAUUGCUCUUAGUGUCUCAGGGGAGGGUCUCCAUCUCCCUUCCUUGAGUCUGCUUGCCUCUUUCCUACCAGGUUUAGGGGCAACGGAUAGAGAGACGUCAGGCUCAGAAGCAAGUCUAGCCUCUGGUGACUUUGACUCAUGGUAAUCAGCCCUCCGUUGCUAUGUCCUCUAUGCCAAAACACCCACUUGACCUAACUACCUCCCUGGCUGGUCAUUGUUGUCUCCUGCUGUUCUCUCUCCUUCCCUGGGGGGAAGGAGCCACCCGUGGCUCUAUGUAUAUGUGCGUUUGCUAUAUUCCCAGCAGUUGGCGCUGGAAUGUCUGUUCUGAUAAAAUUGGCUUAUGGUGACAAUCUCUUGAUGGAUGGAAGGAAGCAUCUCGAGGAAAGGUCACCAUUGUUGCUGUUAGUGUUGCUGUUCUUGUUGUAUUUGGGCUUUAGGGUUUUGGGUUUUGAACUUGCUCUGUUGGUGAAGGUGACUUUGAACUUCCGGUUCUCUUGCCCCUAUUUUGUUCUCGUGUGUUGUAUCACUAUGCGGUUCUAUGGACCAACGCCAGGACUCUGCAGGCUUGACGAGUACUAGCAACUGUGCUACCUUCCAAGUUCCAUCCAUUUUAAGGAGCACAAAGGGACAGCGUGAGUUGGGGGUGGCCCUGCUUCAGCCUGGGACCUAAUACCUGCAUACGCUUCCUAACACCAAGGCAAUUCAGUCUCCUGAAGCUAUCAGCACUGUCAUGGUCAAAUCAUUGCCUCCAUGCUUCUUGGGCCUUGUCAUCCCACACUGGCUGAGCCCUUCUACACCGUUGUGCUUUCUGUGUCUGUGUGGGCUCGUCUUCAUCUCUUUCUGUGUGGAUGUUCUCCGAGGGCCCCCGCUUUUGUUCUUUAAGAUUGAGUUCAAUCCAGAACCCGCUUCUCUAAGUCCCUGGCUCACGGCUCUGGUGAUCUGCGCUGACCGAUGGGCUAUGUGCACUUGACCCUGCCUGGCUCCCUCAUCUGUUAUCCGACCUGUCUUCAUUCCCAGAGCCUAGUUCAGGCCGCCCAGCUUUUCCCAUCCCGUUAUGUAUCAGCGAGCACCCUGUCCAAUGGGACUUCUGAGCACAUCUCAUCUGGGAGCUUACUUGCUUUGGCCUUCCUCUGCUAAAAAGCCUUCAGUGACCCCCUUCCCCCCCAGGCUUUUCUAGCCAACCUGGGCCUAGCAUUAACCCUUUAGUUCCUGAACCGUGACUGGGUCCAUAGAAGUGGGGAGCACUUGGAGAGUAAUUCUCGAAAGAUUUGAAGUUUGCUAUCAGCCCCAUCAGGGAAAAGAGCUCCACGUCGCUGACACUUCACUAGUGGGUCCUCUCUGCCCUUCCCCCCCCCCCCACCCCGUGCCAAGGUACUUCCAAAAGGAUUCCAUGCGUUUUGGACUUGUUCCCACCGAUGGCUGGGUUUCAUUUAAGCAAUGUGCUCUAUCCUCUCUCACUAACAACGAAAGAAGUGUGUCUCAAGAUGGAGUUCAGUGGGAACAGCCAGUUCCUAACUUUAAUUCUUCAACUUGUAACUGCCACUCGAUGGGCAGGGGAUUAGAAACAGCCUGCAACAUCUUUAUCGUAACCACGAACUGUUACUUAGAGCUGACGUUUAGAUGUGUACCUUUCAUCUCCGUGUGUGUUACCUCCUGAGGGGUAGGCACCACUGUGUCACCCACAAAACUGGGCCUACUCUAAAGCAGAUGGGCAUCAAGGAAUAGUUCCAGAUUGAUCUGAUGAGAGCUGGGUACCAAACUUUGAGGUAGCUGACCUCUGUCCCCCCUCUCCUCAGGCUCAAUUUCUCCAGGUGCUCCACUGCCCAGGACCUGCCAUUCCUGGCCCAGUGCCCCCACGGUAUCACCUCACCCCCUGUCUUAACAUCCAAGAUCUGUAUUACUUUUAACACCCUCUGAUCCUAAAGACACCUUCCUGUUCAGUUUCUUCCCUACACAGAGUGUUAAACUAGCUAAGCGGUUAACUAACCCUUGCCAACAAGCGUUCUGGAAGGGGCUUACAGGAGAACCUCAGGAGACAGAUUGACUUUAACCAGCGUCAGGCGGAGGCAGCAAUGCCCCUGCUUUUGUGAUGGCCUGCCUAAUGGAGUCAGGAAUCAAGUGACGGUCCUCACCUCCCAGCAGCUGAUCUGUGAUCCCCCCCUCCUGGCUCCCACAGCACUUUGUAUAUACCUCUUAUUGUAGCACAUUGUAUGUAGUUCUUUGAUUGUGUUCAUGUAUGUUUUCCCCCCAAUAGACUGUGAGCCCCUCCAGGACGGGAGCUGUGUGCUAGUCAGUGAUGUGUCCCCAGCACCUAGCCUCAGUGCCUGAUACACAGUAGGUGCUCAAUAAAUGUUUAUUGAAAGACUGAA